AUGCCCAGAGUCGCCGUCGAUGGACGUGGUAAAGACCGUAAGGGUCUAGGUAAAGGUUUGGGUAAAGGCGGAAAAGUUUCCGCUCAACGGCAUAGAGUAAGCAUCACGAAGCCGGCUAUUCGUAGACUUGCCCGUCGUGGUGGUGUAAAACGAAUAUCUGCAGAUAUAUAUGAGAAUGCACGUAGUGCUUUAAAAGAUUUCUUGACUGACGUUCUUCGAGAUGUUGUUUCUUAUGUCGAAUAUGAACGAAGAAAAACUGUUGGCGUAAUGGAAAUAUUAUUAGCUCUUAAACGAAGAGGGAGAACUAUGUAUGGCUUUGAUAGUGAAAUACGAA